AUGGAGGUGUGGUUUCAGAACAGAAGAGCCAAGUAUCGCAAGCAGGAAAAGCAACUACAGAAGCUAUUUUCAGCUCCUUCCAUGUUUCCAGGGUGCAACGGAUCACCAAUAAGUAACAUUUACUCUGUUUCACCUAAUUCUCGGACAUACUGUUAUCCAUCUCCUAAUUCCAUUGGCUCCGUCAGUGCGACACACUUUCAACCAAUAACGUCGUCUUCCUAUUCACAGAUGACUGCUCACCCUUUCGCGAUGGCACAAGCAGUCAACAUUGCUGGAUUUCGUCAGGAUUUGGAGGACGAUUGGUAUAAUAAAGGACUUUCUCAUCUUCACGUGAGUACUGGGACGCAACCUAAUCUAUCAGUUCCAGUGCUGCAGUACCAGACGUAA